UUGUGAGAAGCAACUUUCAAACAAUGACUCAUAGCGCUUCCAUGAUAAAACUCCCUUGGGAAUUAUUAAUAAAAGAAUUAGAACAUAUACCAACUGAAAUAAAACUGCACUUAACAUCAAUAAUCAACAUGCUGCAUACAUCUGACAAAUUAUUAACUCAAGAAAAAUGGAUAAGUACUUCGAUAACAAGAGUGGAAGCCUGUUUAGAUCGCACAUGGGAAACAUUGAAUUCAGGCUAUUGGAAAGACGUUCCUAUAGAGUACAGAUACUGCUAUUCUUUAUGUACUGUUGUAAAGGCAAUAUUGUUAGAGCUUCAGUACAAAGUUACUGCUGAUAAUUUGAAAGACAAAGAGAAGGAAAAGAUUGUACUGAAGAAUAUUAUUAAUCAAAUUGACAGAGGCAUUUUGUUAGGUGCGCCACUUUCGAGUGUGCCAAAUUUAUUGACAAAUAUCGCUACCAAGUUAAACAACUGUUGUAUUGAAGACUCUGGCGCUACAAAUAUCAAAGAAAUUUCAAUUAAUCACGAGGGAACAAAUUUUUUAAUAUCUAAUAAUCCGGAGAGAUACUUCGAGAAACCAUCAAUGGAGACGUUUUACAAUAAAAUUUUUAUGCCCAAAUUUCCCGCUAUAUUAACAGGUUGCAUAAGUCACUGGAAAGCAUUAACGUUGUGGAAAAAUCCCGAUUACUUGAAUAAGAUUGCGGGAACUCGCACGGUGCCGAUUGAGAUCGGAUCUCGUUACACCGAAGAAGACUGGACGCAGCAUCUAGUUAAUUUUUCUGAGUUUUUACAAAACCACAUUAUCGCAAGCAAUAGCCAAAUUGGUUAUUUAGCGCAGCACCAGUUGUUCGAACAGAUACCUGAAUUGAAAGAAGAUUUCGAAAUACCGGAAUAUUGCUGUUUUUCCGAUACUGAGGACAGUGACGAUGUAAAUUCGCCAGAGGUUGACGUGAACGCUUGGUUUGGCCCGGCCAACACAUUGUCACCUUUGCACUUUGAUCCAAAACAUAAUCUGCUCUCUCAGGUGUUUGGUUACAAAAGAGUUAUUCUGUAUUCUCCAGCUGAGACAGAUAAUUUGUAUCCUUACGAUACUAAGUUGCUCAACAAUACCGCACAGGUAGAUCCUGUGAGGCCCGAUUACGAUAAAUGGCCAAACUUUCGCAAAGCAAACGGCAUGACUUUUUACUUGAAACCCGGAGAAAUGUUGUACAUCCCGCCGAAGUGGUGGCAUCAUGUCACGUCUCUUUCUCCGAGCUUUUCGAUUAGUUUCUGGUGGAACUGAUGUGUCGUAUUUUUACCACAUUACGU